AUGUCGAAUCGUCUAUCUGUUCCGCCAGCACCAUCCACAUACAAUCAUUUGACAGUAAGCUCCGGUGUGCCUCAUACAGUUUAUAAGGGAAACCAUAGAAAAUACACAAAAGAAUGUUUGUUGAUUUACGAUCGAAAAACCGGUGGUAUUACGUUCGAGAAGUUAAAUCAUAAUAUUCAAGUAAAAAAGACGAGGAGUGAGAUGACAAACAAACCAAGUGCGAUAGCUGCUAGCGCGAAUGUAGCACCGCAGCAAAAACUAGAGAAUAGUACGAUGCGCAUCACAUCGAAGACGAAAGUGUCGACAGGGAGUCGUCGUAAUAAUAUAAUUGAUUUUAAGCCAAGAAACUCGCCAUCCGCAUCAGCGUCCCCGUCUGCACCGCCAUCCAUACACAAAAGUCCACAAUCAGCGCCGGCCUGGAACGCGAAUAAUACGCAAGCCACGCUGCCCAGCAUUCCAAUGAUCUUCGAUGACGACGAUGAUGGCAUGUUUGGACUGACCGCCGCCGCCGCCGGCAAUAGUCAAACGCAUGGUGGCAGUGGCAGUGAUGCGGCAAAUAUGUCUUCAUCGUCCUCCGCGUCGAGUCAUAAUAAUUCAGCGCACGAUUAUCACAUGCAAAUGCAGCAGCAACAGCAACCGGCGCCGACCAAACAGUCUAAGCAAUCGCAUCGCAACAAUCAGAAACGGCAAAACAAUUUGAACGCAGCGACGGCGACGUCGGCCACGAAUGCGACGGCAAUAGCACAGAGUCAUGGCAAACAGACGAAGCACAACCGCAUGGAGCAACGAACUUCCUCGCCACAAACUUUUGCACAGCAGCAGCAGCAGCAGCAAAGGCAGCAACAGCACAAUCUCUACCAACAACCACAACAGCAAUCCAACAACAAUCGCAUGUACCCGACAAACUCAUCGUCCUCAAUGCAAAUGUCUAACGGUGUCACUGGUGGCUAUCACAAUAGCAACAAUAUGUCCAUGGGCAAUCAAAUGUUGCAACAUCAUCAGACACAACAACAACACCACAAUAUGCCAGGCAUGUCAUCGCCGCAUGACAGCGACGCAGCCAUGGCUAGUGCGGCGGCGCAGCUCGAACAGCAAAUACGCGGUCUUAGCUCAUCCAGUUCGAGUUCCAGCUCGGAUUCGAGCGGCAGUGAUUGUGCCAGCGACUCCGACGACAGCAGUGAUGAAGAGGAUCAACAACAACAACAACAACAACAACAACAGACGCAACAUCAAAUGCAUCAAUUGCCCAAUUUGAUGUCAGCGCUGCCACCAAUGUCUACAGCUGCGCCACAAUACAAUCGCAAUACGCCUUCGUCUGGCUAUGCGUCUAAUAAUAGCCACACCAACAAUAAUGGUGCAUUUACGAGUGAUUUGCUGCAAAACGAUCUGCAAUUAUCAUCGAACUCUUCCGAUGAAGAUGAUUAGUAGAAUAUAUUUAUAUAGAAUUACACACGCGCUACAUUAAAAAAAGUAUAUGAAAGAAUAUAGGAACAACUAAAACAUACGAUUACAUGCACAUAGGAAUAUUUGUUUGCUAUAUAUACAAUUUUUUUUAAAUUCUUCAAUAUAUUGUGCGAAUGUAUUUUAAGCGUAUUGCUUUAGCUAUGGAUUAUACUUUAGGCAACUAAUUUUGUUUAGGAGUUUCUUUUUUAAAUUAAUAAGAAAAUUAUAUAUAUUUAUAAAUUGAAUUUCAAGUUUGCAUAACGCUUGCAAAACUGAGCAUACAUACUCUUUUUUUUUUUAUGUAUAUGAAAUUAAAAUGCUGAAUUUAUUUGCAAUUGUAAUAUAAAUAACAACAAAACGCAGUGAGAACGAAGCUAGUGUGGAAGGGAGUGCGGAAGUUAAUUUAAUACUAGUAAAAUUUAAAAGCAAACCUUAGCCAGGCAACACUGCACACUAAAUGCAUGUAUGUAAUAGGUCUAGAAAUCUAUAAAGCGCAAAUAAGUUCCAAGUGAGGCAUAACAAGUUGAAGACAAACUUUUAUAGAAAGCAGUGCUUUAAGUGGAAAUCAUUAAAAAUUGCAAAUAAAAUAGUGUAGUUGCAAAUAACAACAACAACAUAGUAGAAUAACGUAAAAAUGCCAAUUUGUACAUAAAACUGAAUAAUAUUUUCGGUCACUUAAUUUUAUACAAAAUAAGUUCAGUUCCACAAAUGAUGAUGUUGUGUGUGCCACGUGAAUCAUUCAAAUAGUGAAAUUUAUGCGUAUAAGUCCAAAAUAGAAAAAGUAGCAGAAAACUUACAGCAAAUAUGCAAUCAGCAACGGUGCAGGAUUAAGAGAUUUAUAAAAACAAAAACAAAACGAAAACUAAUUUGCCUAUUUUAGUAACAUAUAAGCAAACAUAGAUACACAAAAAACAUUUACAAUGAAAUGCUAAACAUACAUAAAUCAUAAAUCAAAUGAAAUAUGAAGAAAAAUGAAUGAGAGAGAGGGAUUUUGCAAAAUUACGCAAUUUAUUUAUAUAUUAGUGUUUUUGCUUAUUGGCGCUCUUAAUUGUUGUUGCAACAUUAUUUUCAUAUGGCAGUUGUGUAUUAGCUGCUGAGCACGAUUGUUUGCUAUACAAAUGUGGCAGAAUGUUAAAAGGGUCAAAGUUGAAUUAGGUGCGGUUAGGUAUUUUGCUUUUUACCGGAAAUCUGCGCAUAGUUGUUUUAACUAUAUUUGAUAGUAAAUUGAAACUACGGAUAAAUUAAGCUGGAAGCUAAAACUCAAAGGAUAAUUGAAAUUUCCCUUACUAAACUAAGCCGCCUUAAACCAGUUUGACAUAUUGCAACAGUUACGCAUAUUAUAAAGUAUUUUCGAAUUUUAAAUAACAAAGAAAAUUUAGUUUUUUACAAUUUUUUAAUUUUUAGCAUAAAGCAAUAGUUUACUAAGUGCUGUGUGUUGCUUACAUUUAUAUAAUUUUCAGACUUAUUUCUCUAACUAGACAAUUUCUGCAAGUUUUCUUAAAUGUAAUAUUGAAUUUUCGAAAUUUAAUUAUAGUAUAAAUCUACAAGUUGUACAAAAACUUGUUUGUAUAUAUUAUUUUUUUGUAGUUAUUUGCGAAAUUGACGUUUGUUUUAUUUAUUUAUUCAAUUAAAUUAUGUUUUAUAAAUAUACUCACUAGAAUAAAUUUGAAAAUUUAUUAAUUAAAAAUAUUUUUCGAGAAAAUAUUGUAAGAGUGAGAGGCAUUAAUGGCCACGCCACAGCGGCUUUAUUAAUAAAUUUCUGUUAAAAUUGCAAAAACUAAUUUUGAAUAUUGUGGGCUUUAUAUAUAUAAUUUUUAAUUCAGACUAAAUUCGAGAAUUUAAAAAAACAUAUGUAAAUAAAACUUCAUUUUUUCUUUUGUAAUUAGCAAAAAACUAAAUAGCGAAGCAAUAGUCUUUCUUAAUAUACUCUUAACGCGGGCUAUUCUAAAUACAUAUAUACACUUUUUAAUUUGCAAUUAUCGCCUUGUUAUGCUUUGCUCACUCAGCUGCCCCAGCAAAUAGCGAUCCACAGCAAAAUACAUGCAUUAACACACACAUUCAUAUAUGUAUAUAAAUAAAUGUCUAAAAAAGUUGCCAUUUCAACUGAAGAGAGGUUGUAAAAUUAAAAACAAAAUAUAAAUUAAAGAACAGCGCUGUUACAUUUAAACACAACAAAAACGUUACAAAAAAUGAAUUGUAAUAAUAUUUAUAUAAUUUGAUGCUGCUUAAUGCAAUCAUGUGGAAGAAACUUGCAAAAAAAAAAAAACAAAGAUUAAA